AAUUAUUAACUUACUGACUAACUAGUAAGUAGCUAAAUAACGUAUAUUUACUUUCAGGACAGUGAUUUUUUUUACAGGUGACGUUUACCCGGUAGGUGUGACAGGAGAAAUUGAAAGUAACAGCGCCUGCAGUUUUCACGUAAGCUCAGAAUGGCAGAAAGCGAAAAUGCUGCUAAAAAGAGCCCAAGUGCCUCAGUGACUAUGAAGACCUUAAUAAGGAAAUUCUCAAUAAAUAAAAAGAGAGAAAAUGAAGUAGAAGCAGCAGAUGGCACUGCCUCGAAUACCAGGCCUAUGUCCCCUGACACACAAAAGUCACCUACAACAGAAGAUGGCUUUAGGUGGACAAAUUGGAGAAGUUUUAGGCGAAAGUCUAAAGAAUGUAAGGAAACAUUGAAGGAAUCUGUACUAGAACAGGGUGCCACAACUGGUACAGUAAUGGAGAAAGAAAUCACUAACGACUGUGAUUUCACCUUUAAUAUUUUGUCAUCAUCUUUGUCUGUAAUGGAGAUAGAUGGUCUCAUUGAAAAAGCAGCCUUAAAAGAGGCCUAUCUUAAUAUACUCACUCUGCAGAAGGAGAUUGAAUGUGAGCAGGACGCACUGGGGCAGGAAGAUUCUCCAGUGAAAUUAGUCCAUAAAGAGAAAGACCUGAAUUUACUCUACAACAAUCUGAUGAAAAAAGUUAUUAAUAUUGCUUAUCAAUCCUGUGUCCAGCCUUCUUUCAACAAUGAUCUACUGGUGCAGGUGGCUGGCAUCAUUCAAGAUAAGGAAAAUAGAGAAAGAGAUGUGGAGGGAGUGGGGGAUUGGAGAGGUGCCUGGAGGGCUGCAAUACAGCAAGGAGUUAAAGAGACACUUGGGAAGAUUUAUCUAAAGCAAAGUGUUCCCUGUGUUGGAGAACACUUGGAGCUUUUGGGUAAAAUGAUUGUGGAGUUGCUGGUGAAGGUAAAGGCAGAAAUUUUGAAUUUGUAUCCACAGAGUUUCCUAGUGUUCGAAACCUAUGCUUCAUCUUGUCAUGAGUAUGUAGCUGAACACCUAAAAGUACUUCUGGGAAAGGUCACAGAACUGAAAGAUUAUAAUGACAUGCUGGAUUUUGUUAUCAACCGCUAUCAUAGUGAGAUGAUUCUUAGCAGUCCUUCAUUGCAGCCUGAGAUGAAAGAUCAGAAAUCUCUCACACUAUCUGAUGAUUUGCUUGGCCAGAUGAAGAAAGCAUAUUGUGACCGUCUACAAACUCUAUAUGACUCACUGGACAGUGUCAUUAAUGCUGAACAGGAGGAAGUAUGGAAGAAGAAAGUAACACAGAAGAGUACAAAAGACGGAAUAUUUCUCAGCUCUGAAGUUCACACAAAUGUCUGUGAAAUGAUCAAGACAUAUUCUGAUAAUUGUGCAAAGAUCGACGAGAAUCUGGAAAAGAUGGCAAUAUGCAAAUGUAUGGAAGUCCUGAAACACUUUCCCAAAAGAUUUGAAGAUGAGUUUUCAAAGCAGAGCCGUUCCUUGUUGGGUUCAGACUUACUGGACUGCUGUCUGUGGGCUGAAUAUCACAUUGCCUAUAUCAACAGCUUUAGCUUGCUCAAAGAGCACAUGGACGGCUAUAGAAAGAAGUGCCCAGGACAAGUGGAAGAGCUUGCGAUAGAGGUGGAUGUACUCAUUGACCAUCUAAGACAAGCUUUACUGGAGCAAUUUAAAGCAGAAAUCGAGCAAUAUUUGGGUGAGCUAAUGACCAAGAAAUGGCUUACCACAGACACUGAUUUCAAUGAACUAGUUAACAGAAUAGAGACUUACUCUGGAUACAAUAAAUCCAUGAGACAUCCAUCUGCACAAACGUUUGCCAAUGAUGCACAUUACCAUGUAGUGAAAGUGUACAUAUCAGAAAUGCUGAGUAAUAAAUAUUCCUGCAAAGGCAAGAAGAAUGAGGAGGCUGCCGAGAAAAUUAAUAAGCAGUGGACUGAGCUUAAUAAAUUGUUCAGUGAAAUGGGAUCAACCUUAGAUUGGCUUCACUCACUAGGAGGUCAUAUCAGUAAAAUCAUUGAACAGGAACAUGAGAAAGAUAUAAAGAAUUUCUUAACACCAUUGGUUGAAAAUUACCCUGACAUAAGUAAAAAGCAGCUCUCAGCUAUUCUAUACUUCAGAGACAGUGGUUUUUUGAAGUUUGAGAGGUCAUCAGCCAUGCAGUGCUUCAGUGAGCUUAAGUGUCACAUUGAUAAUGGGAAAACAGAAAAUAUUGGAAAGCACACCUUCUUCAGUGACAUCAAGUGAAACAGACAUCAGCCUGGUGCCCUUCUAAAAGUAACUAAGCCUUGAUGACCUUUAUCAUUACAUCAAUUGUGUCAUGAAGGUGGUCUGGGUUGGAUGCAAGUGCAGAUUUUAUUAAACAAACAAACAAACAAACCAAUCCAAAAAAGCAUUCAAAAAAAUGUAGUCAAGCCACUGAUAAGGUCAUAAAUAAUCAACACCUAACAGGGGCAAACACAAGAAUUAAUGAAGCAAAUAUAUUACAAUUAAAACUGAGAGCAAAAAAAAAACCAAGCCUCAACAUUACUAUUGAUAGCCAACAGGAACAGUGAAUAUGAGUUUUGUGUUGUUUCUUAUGUACAGUAUACAUAAAGCAUAACAUACAAUUAUCUUAUUAAGCAAUCGUGUGGCUGCAGUUCAUCGCAAAAUUCAGAUAAAUUCAGGUAAAGAGCUUUAGUUAACCUAUGUGUGAGAGAUUGCAAACAAGUGGUGCUGUGAAAUUGUUAAAAGUAGAUAUUAUGUAUUCAGAUGAAAAAUCUCAUCAUUACAUACCAAAUUAUAAACAUUUAUAAUACAUACAUUGAUAAACACAUUAAUGCUAAUUCAGAGACCUCAGUGAGCUUCACUGACUAGUGUAUCAAAUUAAUAAAAUUACUGAACAGUUUGUUAAAAGCAGUUAAUAUGGUCACUAUCACAAAUUUGCUUACAUUUAAUAAAGACCUAGAAAUAAGGCAGAAUCUUGAAUAUUAAAUAUUCAAGAUAUUGUAAAAUGUACUUUCUUUGUUUUAAAUAUUUAUCUAUGUUUUUAAUAUCAAUCCCUAAAUUAAAAACGUGUGGUCCUUAUCAACGUUUCUAAAAACAAAUAAUCUCAUGUGAUAAUAACAAAAAAUUCAACAGAUCUAACUGUUCCCCAAAAAGUAAAUCAAAACUCAGAAACCAGAUAGGAAAAAUAAAUAAACCCUAAAAUUCAGUAACAUGUCGAACCACCUUUUAGACGAAUUCAGGAUGAGUGCAUCAGUUCAUCGGGAUCUGAAAGGGUUGACUUGGCAAUUCUGCACCUGAAUUUUUGUCUUCUUUAGACAUUCGGGUGUUGACUUGCUGGUUUGCUUAGCCUAAUAACAUUUUGAUUGCUUCGUACACAAACAAUAUUACAAAAAGUACUGUCUAAAUGCUUAUCUGGCUAUAGUGCUUGGGUUUUUCAUUACAUACCUGAGCAUUAAUCUGUCUGAUCUUGGAGUGUUUUUUUCCUCUGACCCCUAAUCCUAGAAAUAUUGGCAACUGUCUUGAAGGUAAUACAUUUGUAAACAAUCCCUCUCACUGUAAAACUGAGAAUUUUAAAUGGCAUUAUAACCCUUACCAGAAUGAUAAGUAGCAACAUCUGCUCAGAAGACCAAUUAAUCUUGUGUUUCACCAGUAACAUCUAGCUGCUAAUUAUUUACUUAAUUAAUUACUACAUAUUACUACAUACUAUAAGUCCAUUUUUAUUCUUACCUGAAAUUAAUUGUUGAAUUUUUUUUUACAGAAGUUGAUAAGGACAACCUAACUCUUAUUUAUAUCAUGAUAAAUAACAAUCUGAAACUAAACAAUACUGUACUUACUUUUUCCUAUGACUUUAUAUAGUGAGUGUAAUUUUGCGAAGUUGAGUGUGGAAAUGUUAUACUAUGAAACACAGUUCAAUGGAGUUUGUAGUGGAAACAGAUAAAGACAUGACAACAUGUGAAUACAUAGAAAAUUCUAGAUAUGUUAAUAAAUAACAAAGAUGAUAAA